AUGGCUGCAAAUAUCAUUAGACGAAUUAUUAGCACACCAAAAGCACCUAAAGCUGUUGGGCCUUACAGUCAAGCUGUGCAGGUUAACAACACCUUGUAUAUCUCCGGACAAAUUGGCUUCAUUCCAGAAACUAUGGAAAUUGUUUCUGGAGGAGCUGUUGCAGAAACUGAGCAGGUCUUGAAAAACUUGGGCUCUAUUUUAGAAGCUGCUGGAAGUUCUUAUGACAAAGUUGUAAAAACAACAGUGUUACUGAAGAACAUCAGUGAUUAUGCUGCAGUUAAUGAUGUGUAUGCAAAAUAUUUUUCUGGUUCUAAACCUGCCAGAGCUGCUUUCCAAGUUGCAGCGCUACCUAAGGGGGCCAGUGUGGAGAUUGAAGCUGUUGCAGUUGUAGGUGAUGUUACUGAUAUCUGA